GUCCGCCCAGCCCUUUUCAGUAGGAUUUAUCCCGGGAUCCUUUUCUCUCUGAAGAUGUUUACAGAGUCGCUCAUUACCAUUCUCUCUCAAAAAAUUACCUUUCUCUCUAAAAACUAAACGGCGUAUGUUGGUUCAAGAAUCUCUUCUGCGUAAAUUCAUUAGCCGUUGUCAAAACAGUGGGACUCUUACCUGUUUCAGUGGUUCUCAUGCUCCUCUCUCUAAAAAGCACAUAAUUUUGAGAGAGGGUCCUGUGAGUUUUAAGAGAGGCUCUUGAGUGUAGAAGCCAUAGCCUGCCAUGGGCUUAGGCACUUUCUAUGGGCUAGUCCCUUCUUCGAGAAACACCAAGAGCCAUAUUCUUCUUCUCCUUGGUGGAAGACGCUCUGUAAAUUUUUCAUGGCAAAAACCUGGGCUUUGGACUAUUGGGUCAAGACCCAUUUCAACAUCUCAAUCCUCUCUGCAAGUUCAAGAAGAAAUUCAGCAAUUCCCCGAGAAUAGAAGCCUUUCAGCUCGUAUGAGCUUCAUAUUCGAUCAGAUGGACAAGAUAGAGAAAGAGAAGAGUGGAAAGGAUGAGGCUUUGCAGCAAAUAAGAGCUUGGAGAGAGAGAAAGAACCUUUUGAAGGCUUCUGUUGGUGUUUCACAAAUGGGUUCUGAGGAAACUGCCGAUAUGACUGAGAAAAAGUUGGAUUCGGAAGAGAGAGAAAUUUUGGGUUUUGAAGAGAGAGAAACAAAGAAAGAUGGGUUUAGUCAAGUGGAGGUGGAGGUGGUUCAUCCAUGGCCAGAAUGGAUUGAAUUGAUGGAGAGGCUUCUGCAACAAAAUUACUUUGAAUACAGGAGGAAGAAUGAGGAUGACAUGCUCGAGAAGUUUGCUGAUGUCUCUGUCACUGAAUUGGGGUUAAAUGAUGAAUCUUUUGUUUUCACGAGGGAUUGGACCACCGUCCGAACUGCUGUUCUCAACUUUGGACGCGAUCGUUUUGAUAUAUUGAGAUCAUUGUCAAGGAAAGAUAUUCAAGUUCUUGUUGGUCAUGGAUGCCCUAGUGUAGACACGAAAGUGGUGUUUUCUGGCAAGGUGUUGAGGAAGUACGUCCAUCUUGAUGAAGGAGAUGUUUGUAGUUCAUGCAGUUUAAGAAGUUCUUGUGAUCGAGCCUAUCUAGCCACGUGCAAGGAGGAUGACGCUCGAACUCUAGAUGUUAUGAGGGUUUUGUUCACCUAUGGAUUUGAACCUAUUACGGGUUCAGUUGAGAAUAAGGCUUUAUUGAAAAUGAAGUCGAUCAAGACUGUAGUUCGCAAGUUGCUUCAUGAGGUUGUCAAGUUGAGUGCAGUUCCAAUUGAUCCAAAUCUUCCCCCUCCAGUCAUCAAGAAGCCUCCGCCCAAAAUCAAGCAACCACCUCCUCCACCAAAGAAACGAGUAGGGCGCGACGAUAUUGAAAUGAAGAAGGGAGACUGGCUUUGUCCUAAGUGUGACUUCAUGAAUUUUGCUAAGAAUACAGUCUGUUUGCAAUGUGAUGCAAGGCGCCCAAAGAGGCAACUACUACCUGGAGAAUGGGAAUGUCCUGGGUGCAACUUCUUGAAUUAUAGGAGAAACAUGACAUGCUUUCACUGUGAUCAUAAGCGCCCGCCAGAAGCAGAGAUCGAUAAUCCGAUGCCGACCAAUCCACAAACCCCCCGAACAAGGCUCGAGCGGGUUGCCAGUGGGAAAAAUGUUUCGAACGCUUGGAAUUUUGACUUUGACGAUGACGAAUCUGAUGGUGCAGAUGUUGCUGCCUUUGAGUUUGCAGAUCCUCCCAAUACAGGUGAAAACUCUUCCGUUAAUGGUAAGGGAUUUGAUGAUCAGCCCUUUGAAAAGACACCAUUUCAUAGGGUCCAAGAGAAAGGGAGAUAUUUCUCUCCUGACCGAAGAGAACCCUCUUCAGCUAGUCCAAGAACUGGAUUCGAUGAUUUUGAUGAUGAAGACGAUGUGGAUGACUACGAACUUGAUACAUCAAACACUAAUGAUCUACCUUCUAGGAAGUUGGAAUCUGAUGAUUAUGAUGAUUUAACUGAUGAUGAAAGGGAGAUAGCCUCUCAUUCAUUUCACAAGCCAUCACGUCAGCUGAGAGGCAGGCCUGGCCAUGGUAGCUCAGAAGAUGAUGAUGAACAAAGUAGUGACUCUGAUGAUGAUGAAUUUGACCAAAAAUCAAACCGUAAUUUGGGUUUGAGACAGGGGUUAAGGGUUAGAGGCCGCGGUAGUCCACACAGGAGCAUGUCUUUCGAUUCAGAAGAUGAAGGUACACUUGAUUCUGAUUCUGAUGAUGAUUUAGGCAGGGGCUCUCGUUCAAGGUUCAAAAAUAGGAAGACCCCAAACCUUAAUCGGAAAGGAAAUAGGAGGAGCUAUUCUGAUUCUGAGGAUGAUGUUAAUUUAGGCCCAGACUCUGAGGAUGAGGGUGAUUGGAUAUCUCCUCGAAGAGGGGAGAGAGAAAAAAAGGGUGGACUAGGAAGAAGAGGGAGAGCUUCUUAUGGGAAUUUCAAUGACCACAAGUCCCCUCGGAAUGGGCACUUCAGAUCAGAUGGUAUGAGAGGGAAUGAAAGAAACUCAUUUGGUACCAACAGACGUCCUGAUAGGCGAUUUGGGGGAUCUCGUGAGUCAGGUAAUGAGAUGUCAUUUAAAUCAAGAGGGAGUGAGAAAGACUUCCGUAAGGAUCGUGGUCUUGGAAGAGGGUCUCGAGGAGACGAUUUUGGGGGCAGGAGAAUGAAUGAUCGGAAGGGUACUUUCAGGGAUUUUGAUGCAGCUUCUCAAGGUGGAAGAGGCAGGAUUCAGCGUAGGGAAAGGUUUGGUGGACUUGAUGAUCAUCAGAAUGGAGGUUCUGGUGAAGAGAGAAGGCGCGUGAGGGUAAUUGAAAGAUGAAGGUCCUAAUACAAACACAUCCAAAGGAGCUGAGUGAACAUGCAAACGAUCGUAGAAAUUCUGCACAAGGCUUAUGCUUAGACAUUCUAUUAAAUGCGGUCUGAUAUAAGUGACAUUUAGGUUCAGUAAAAAUUUUCAGUGCCCAAAGUCAAUCCCUGGAAUCCUAUGACAUUGAAUGAAGAAAGCUUCCUGUUUUUCUAUUCACUUUGGUUUUUACUAUUAUAGUUGUGUUACUACAGUUGCAGAUUCAGAAGAUUAUACUGGUACUGAGAGGUUAGGCAUCCUUUUUCCAAUGUAUUUAUUUAUUUCUCUGCAGAAUGAGGUGCGAUUGAGCUGUUGUAUCUUAAUAAUUUUCCAUAACUUCAAUUGAUAGAUUUGCAUACUUUCUGGUGAAAUUCCAGAAAAUGUUACUCUUUAUGCAGUUUAUGUUAUUGAUGAUUAGUUUA